AUGCUAAAGAAGCAGUCUGCAGGGAUUGUGCUGUGGGGCACUAUCCUCUUUGUGGCCUGGAAUGCCCUGCUCCGUCUCUUCUUCUGGACACGCCCAGCACCUGGCAGGCCUCCCUCAGACAGUUCUCUUGAUGAUGACCCCGCCAGCCUCACCCAUGAGGUGAUCCGCCUAGCCCAGGACACUGAAGUGGAGUUGGAACGUCAGCAGGGAUUGUUGCAGCAGGUUAGGGAGCACCAUGCUCAGUGGAGGCAGCGGUUGAGAGUGCCCACUGUGGGCCCCCUGCCCCACCGCAUGGGCCUGUACCCCAUCAUUGUCAACCAGGACUGUGGGCAUGAGGAGACAGCCCAGGUCAUUGCCUCCUAUAGCAGCGCCAUCACGCACACCCUGCAACCUGACCUGAGCAACGUUACUGUGUCGCCCGACCACCACAAAUUCCAGAGCAAUUAUAAAAUUACGCAGCAUUACUGCUGGACUCUGGGCCAAAUCUUCCACAGGUUCAAAUUCUCAGCAGCUGUGGUCGUCGAAGAUGACCUGGAGGUAGCACCAGAUUUCUUUGAGUACUUUCAGGCCACCUACCCAAUGCUGAGGGCUGACCCCUCACUCUGGUGUGUGUCUGCCUGGAAUAACAAUAACAAAGAACAGAUGGUGGACUCUAACAAACCUGAACUUCUCUACCGCACAGACUUUUUCCCUAGCCUGGGCUGGCUACUCUUGGCUAAGCUCUGGGAUGAAUUGGAGCCCAAGUGGCCCAAGGCCUUCUGGGAUGAUUGGAUACGCAGGCCAGAGCAACGACAGGGACAGGCCUGUGUGCAGCCUGAAAUCUCAAGAACGAUAACCUUUAGCCGCAAGGGUGUCAGCCAUGAGCAGUUCUUUGACCAACACCUCAAGUUCAUCAAGUUAAACCAGCACUUUGUGCACUUCACCCAGCUGGACCUGUCCUACCUGCGUGGGGAAAGCCCAGGAGCUGGAGAUAAGAGGAAGGGCUAG